CCUUCUCCAUCAACCAAAUCAAAAUCAAAUCAGUUUUGAAUUCCCUUAAAAUUCUUGGGUUUUUUCCUUGACAUUGACAGUGAAAUUCUAUGGGGCUCAAAAAGCAGCAAACGUAGCCAGAUAAAACUGAAGCAUUCAGAAGCCUGAAAAUUGGGCCAUGGUGAGCUCAGUGUCGUAUCAAUUAAAAGAGGUAGAUGUCCUUUCAUUUCUUUUAGAAUCUGAAAGAAAUUAAGCAAUAUCUUUGUUUCUGUGUUGGUGUGUAAGUAUAUAUAUAUAUCAUGAGGGACUUUCCUUCUUGUUUUGGUGAAAAUGGUGUUCAAGUUGCUGAUUUUUCAUCGUCCUCAUCAUCAAGAGCUGCAAAAACUGCUCAUCAAAACUUGGUCUCAUGUGUUUAUCAGUGUAAGUUGCGAGGCCGUUUGUGUUUGAUUACAGUUACAUGGACCAAGAAUUUGAUGGGUCAGGGCCUAAGCGUGGAGAUUGAUGAUGCAGCCAAUUUUUGCCUCUGUAAGGUGGAUAUAAAGCCAUGGCUGUUCUCCAAGAGAAAAGGAUGCAGAAAUUUAGAGGUUGAUUCUAGUAAAAUUGACAUCUUUUGGGAUUUAACCAAUGCUAAAUUUGGUUCUGGGCCUGAGCCAUUAGAGAGGUUUUACUUGGCUGUUAUGUUCAACCAAGAAAUGGUUCUUCUUCUUGGAGAUUUGAAGAGAGAGGGUCUUGGUUUCAAAGACCCGAUUCAUGGUUCCAAUGCUGUUUUUGUUGCUAAAAGGGAACACAUUUUUGGGAAGAAACUUUAUGUUGCAAAGGCUCAGUUUUGUGACAAGGGGAAAACACAUGAUGUCACAAUUGAGUGUGACACUGUUGGGCUGAAUGAGCCGUACCUUGUGAUCUGUGUCGACAGUAAGAUUGUGAUGAAGGUGAAGAAGCUGAACUGGAAAUUUAGGGGAAACCACACCAUCUUGGUUGAUGGGUUGAGGAUUGAAGUGUUCUGGGAUGUGCACAAUUGGCUCUUUGGUAAUUCUAUGGGCAAUGCAGUGUUCAUGUUCCAAACUUGCCUCAGUAAUAAUGCUGAUAAGCUAUGGAGUACUGGUAGUACUACUAGUGAGUCGGUUUUGGAUUCGUCUUCUGUGUGGACUUGGUCUUCGUCUUCCUCCUCUCGGCAAUUAAGAGAGAGCAGCAACCAGUUACAGGGUCUUGGUUUCUCACUGGUUUUGCAUGCUUGGAAGAAUGAAUAGAAUACUAUUUCAAAGUGUUGGGUUACAUUUGUUUAUUGUAAGAAAAGUAACAUUGGUGAUGACUACAGUAAUCAUGUUGGUUCUGGUUGUUUUGUAUAUCAGCAUAAAUUCAGUGCGUAUUGAGCUC